CAUUUUUAAAUAAUUAGUAAUCGAUUCUGAAGUAUUCGCGCAGUGUUUGCUGUUUAUAUACAUAACUAAUUGUAUCUCACGACUUCACUCGUGAUUGUAUUGUGAUGUAGAAUAACCUAUAAACUUCUUUUAGAAUAAACUAUGAAAUGCAAAAAUAAAUUUUCAAAUUCUAUUAAAACCGAAUAGUUCCUGAGAUUAGCACAUUCAAACAAACAAAAAAUUUUCCACUUUCCUGACUCAAGCGAUUAACCUUGUACGGGCAAAACUUGUGUUGUGUUCACAAAAAUAAAUAUCCAUUACAAUUAAUAAUAUAAAUCAAACAAGGGCCUUAUUGAAUCAUGAAAGAAGCUAAACAGACUCCAAUAGAAGAUUUAGCUGAUUUACGAAGCUAUUUCACGUCUCACAAUGUUAUCAGGGAACACAUAGCUCAUAGUUCAAAAGUGCAUUCUGUAGGCUGGUCUUGUGAUGGUAGACGCCUUGCUUCUGGUUCAUAUGAUAAAAGUGUUGUCACAUUCACCUUGGAAAGAAACAGAUUGGUUCAAGACUUUGUGUUUCGAGGGCACACAGGGUCAGUGGAUCAACUGUGCUGGCAUGCUUCACAUCCUGACUUAUUAAGCACAGCCAGCGGUGACAAAUCUGUUAGGAUAUGGGAUACAAGAUCCCACAAAUGUGCAGCAACAAUAGCAACAAAGGGUGAGAAUAUCAACAUAGCGUGGUCACCCAAUGGCAGCACAAUAGCUGUGGGAAACAAGGAGGAUCUGGUUUCCUUCAUAGACACAAAGACUUAUAAAGUGGUUGUUGAAGAGCAAUUCAAUUUUGAAGUAAAUGAAAUCUCAUGGAAUAACUCAUCAGAUCUCUUCUACUUGACCAAUGGACUUGGAUGUGUUCAUAUAUUAACAUAUCCCUCGCUGGAACUGCAAACGGUUUUAAAGGCGCACCCUGGCACGUGUAUCUGCAUCGAGCACGAUCCCACCGGAAGGUACUUUGCUACCGGCUCAGCUGAUGCACUCGUUUCAUUAUGGGAUGUCAAUGAGCUUGCGUGUUUAAGAGUUUUUUCAAGGUUGGAAUGGCCGGUACGAACAUUGUCAUUUAGCUUCGAUGGUCGGCUGUUGGCGUCAGGCAGCGAGGAUCAUAUUAUAGAUAUUGGAGACACAGAGACUGGUGAGAAAGUAGCUGAGAUACCUGUGCAAGCAUCCACGUUCACAGUGGCCUGGCAUCCAUCCCGUUACUUAGUGGCCUUCGCUUGCGAGGAUAAGGAGCCGCCAGAGAGGAAAAGGGAUGCUGGAAAUCUCAAACUGUGGGGGUUACCAAAUAACGGCUAGACUCCCUAACCAUUUUGUGUUAUUGUGAAGACGAUUGUGAUUUUACCUCUAAUGCGGUACCUCUGUUGACUAUAAUUAAUAGUAGUCUGCAUACCCCAAAUAAAACUGAAAUGAAUGAUGAAUGUUCAUACCAUAAAAAGGACUGAAUUAGGUUAUGAUAAAUAAAAAUAGUAUAAAAUAUAAUUAUUAUUUUUAAAAGUAUUUAUACAAUAUCACAUAGAUACAUUCGUCAUAUAUUGAUUUCUUUUGUAAAAACACAACCCCAUUUUUUUUUAUAUACAUAUUGUCCUAAGAACUUUACUUAUUACCAGGUUUCAGUCUGGAAACGUCCAUCUCGCUCCAUAUUCUUCAAAAUUUCUUUAGCGUCUUCAGUAGAGUGACCACCAGACGCGAUGACCUCCACAAUAGCUUCGCGCACAUUGUCUGGCAUAUUUUUAGCGUUUCCCGACAGAAAUAUGCUAGCUUUUUCCGUGUUAAUGAGACACCAUAGAUCGUUCUUGUAUUCUAUUAUUUUGUGUUGCACAUAUCUGUGAAGAUAACUAAAUGGUCACAACAAAUCCAAAUAACCUAAUCGCUUCUGACCACCCUACCAUUACUUGAUUUUUACUGCAAUUGUGGUAAGCUAAUAUGAUAUAAGGUGAAUCAUUUCUGAAAUCUGUGAAAGUCUAAAAGUAAUCGCAUUUCACUGAUAAGUAUCUUUAUUAGACACACUUUUAUUAGAUUAGAGGAUCGCGAACAGUCGAUGGUUCUGUUCAUUUUUAUAAGCGACAAAAGAAAUACCAAUUUCCUUCAUAUGGUUCGCGUAAACUUAUUUUAAAUUGACGAUAGAGACUUUAUGCGACGUGAUUACAAAUAAAUAAAUAAUCUAUUUGUGGGGUACCUCUUUCUAUUACAUCUUUCUAUUGUUCCCUAUUGGCUACCCUUUACGGCCUUAGUCUUCUAAGUUCUUUCUUAUAAUAUACAUAUAUUUCUAAUUUCCA